AUGAAGCGACUUUUUCAUUUUCUAUGGCUUCUAUUCUAUAUAUCAAUCGUUGUGGAUCGCACCAGUUGUUCAGUGAUACCUUUUGUAGUUUUACCACCACUGUUACGGCAUAGUGCUGUGAACACCAUUGUCAUAACACCGACCAAUACAGAAUAUGAAACUGUUGAUAUUCAUGUAGUUGUCAUUGGCUUUCAAAAUGGCGCAAAUCUCACUGUGUUUGACGAGAAUCUCAAGGCAAAAAGAUCAGGCACUCCUCACGUUGUCUCCUUUCAUCUCCCUAAGCUGAUAGAGAAGGCAAAGAUCGCGAUUAGAAUUCAGGACCUUGAAACAUUUGAAAGUGAGAUCCAAGCGAAACCAAAUUUAGCCGUACUGCAUAUUCAUACCGACAAGCCAAUAUAUUCCGCUGGUGAAAAGGUUUUCGUUCGGGCACUUCCGUUAACACAUGAAGGUGCUGUAUAUGAUGGCCUCAUUGAAUUUGCCCUUGUGAAUCCGAGUGGUUUCGAACUCGUCAGAAAACAAAACAGCACAGCAGAUGGAUAUAUUGCCUUGACAUUUGAGUUGCCUAAGCACCUUUUCUACGGCGAGUGGCAUGUACUGGCCAGACCAAUGCCAGCAAACAAUGAUGAGUUUGUGUUCGACGCGGGAUUCAAGGUGAAUGACUAUGACGUGUUGUACUGA